UACGAAAGAGGACUGGGGCGAAAAGCGGUCGAAAACUACAAUGUCUUGUAGCACAAAUAAACUAAACGUCCGCGGAAAAAAAAAUAUCUAGCAUGGAAAGAGUCGCUCUGGUGACAGGCGGUAAUCGUGGCAUUGGCUAUGCUAUUGUUAAAAGAUUGUGCAAAGAGUUUGAUGGAGUUGUUCUCUUCACUGCAAGGGAUGAGAACACAGGUACAAAAAUAUGUGGUGAACUCAGUAAAGAAUUAGAUGUAACAAAUAUUCAGCACCAUCAACUCGAUAUUACAUCCCAGGACAGUAUCAACAAAGUCUGCAGUUAUGUCCAGAAGACAUUUGGAGGAUUGGACAUAUUGAUAAACAAUUCUGGUGUUUUGCUUAAGAAAACUGUGCCAUAUGUGGAAAGAGCUGAAACAACUAUUAAGAUAAACUAUUUUGGAACACUGAACAUGUGCAAGAGUUUCUUUCCUCUCCUCCGACAUCAUGCCAGGGUGGUUAAUGUAUCGUCUGAGCUUGGAGACCUAAGUUGUGUUUCACCAGCACUGCAGAAGCAAUUUUCCUCUCCAAAACUAACAUUCACAGAGAUAACAUCUCUCAUGGAAAAAUACAUCAGGGAUGCUAAAGAAGGGAAGCUGACAGAGAAUGGUUGGCCAGAUGAUUCUUCCUUCAGUCCAGCAUACAGUGUCUCCAAGAUAGGUGUAACAGCUUUAAGUAUGGUACAAGCAAGAGAAUUAAAAAAUGAUCAGCGCAAAGGGAUAUUGGUUAAUGCUAUCUGUCCUGGCUGGGUGCGAACUGACAUGGGUGGCCCUAAUGCACAUCGAAGCCCAGAAGAAGGAGCAGACACACCAGUCUAUUGUGCCCUUCUUCCUAGAGGAACAACAAGUCCUAAUGGAGAGUUUUUGCAAAACAGGAAAAUCAUUCCUUGGCCUCGAGGCAAAUCCCAGCUUGUGAAAUGUAGAAUUUCGGCGUACAUCAUAGCAAUUUCGUUCAAUAAUUCUUCUAUUCUUAUGGAAAAAUCUUCGAAUUCUCCUUUAGUUCGUUGCCUAGAAGAGGUACCCGGCUACGAGGAACGAAAAAACGACGUGGUGUUUUGCGGCUCAGACGCUCAACAACAUGUUGUAUUUUUUCCUGGCGAUGUUCAGGAUUAUGCAGAAAACAUGGAGAGUCACGGAGAUAAUAAGAAAUGGAAGCAGUGGAAUUUCGAAUCUACGGCGAGAAUAUUAGAAAGAAGAUUCCCGAAUAGCUUUAUAUGGGUCAUUCGUCCUUCUAGAUAUCACCAGAACACUUUCGCGUGUUAUCAAAACUUUGUUGAAGCCAACAUGUUUGGUGUUCCGGAUCAUAGGAAUCACGAUUAUGGAGCUUUGUUUCACUUAAGAGCAUUGCUGGAGUCUGCGGUGAAAAAGCUUCUAGACGUCCCGAAAGAAGAGGAAGACCCCACACUUGAUUUCCCAGUGAUUCUCGUUGGCUUCAGUAAAGGCUGUGUUGUUCUUAAUCAAAUUGUUUACGAGCUAUACAUGGUGUCCGCAGGAGUGGACUCCCGUCUCAAUGAAUUUGCCUCGCGCAUUAGUACCAUGUACUGGUUGGACGGCGGCCAUAGUGGCGAGUCGAACACGUGGGUAACAGAUGAAAAAUUUCUUUACCAUCUGGCUAAUCGCGUGCCAAGAGUUCGUGUGCACGUAACGCCUUACCAGAUCAAGGAUUCCACGCGGCCGUGGAUUGGAAAGGAGCAGAAGAAGUUUGUGGACACUCUUCGUUCACUUGGCGCGAAUAUCAAAGUCAAAGUCCACUUUCAAGACAAGGACCCAUCUCUCGCUUUCCACUUUAAACUUAUUGAAAGUUUUUAGUGGAGUUUGAGUGAUUUUAUUUGGAGUAAGUGGUUACUAAAUCAAAACAACAAAAAUUCCUGAAACAUCAGGUAACGGUGAGAUUCAUUGCGUGUUUUUGUGAAGUUCCAGGGUUGAAAAAGAAAAUGGCAUUUGCACUGAAAAAAUAGCAUACAGCAAAUGGGACAAGGAGAAAUUAUAACGAGAAACAAUGAGUGUGAAAAUGAUGUCCUAGGAUCAAGACACGCGUACAACCUAAUUUAAUACCCCUGUCAAGCCAUUUUUAUGAAAUAUUACGUCCACGAUGCAGUUACCCUCGAGGGUAUGCACGUUCUAGAUUGAAACAUUUGACGCUUCCUUAAAAGGAUAAAAAGCAAAUGUUUUUCGGCGAAAUUGUAAUUUAUAUAAUGGAUUUGUGUGACCCCCUCUGCACGCUGUUCUUUAAUUUAUCGAGGGUUACUGGAGGGAAAUUUGAAAAUAGUCCAGCGAUAAGCUCAACAUGUAAAUGUUGGCAACAGAAGCUUCUCACUCAUGUUAUUUUUGUGAUACAGGCUGCGAGCGAGCCUUCGUUCCCAGUUUUCACUGAGUUGAGAGACGGACGCAGCAUGCUGCCCAAGUGCACCGGAUCGACGAAAAAAAAAAAAAACUAAAAGGAGUAAAAAAAAUUAAUAAUUAAUAAACUAAAAAAUGUUAUUAAAUAUAUUAACUUUCGGCUUGCUUUUUUUCUCCCUAGAAUAAGAGAGUUUGUUCUCAGGCCAUAUAUAUAGUAACAAAUAGUUACGAAAUGAAAAUGAAAUUUUCAUUUCAUUUUUUGGUUUCAAGCCAAAU